CACAGUCAGUUUGAGCAGCUUUGGUUUGAGCGAGUCAGUUUAUGGGAGACAGACAUUUAAUCGAGCACCGAUAGAAAGGCAGCCUGCAAACGACCUUUAAUUUAGCUAGUUAACGUUAACUUUAUAACCACUAACUCAUUGUAAUUGUGACUGCAGUGACAGUGGCGAACCACUGAACGAGAAACGUUUACAGGGUAACGUUUAGAUUGAAAAUGAUUAGAUUUGCAUCUGGAAGACGCAUACUUUCUUGGGUUCCAGUAUGGAGAUGGAGUCUUCAGCAGAUACCAGGAGCACCAAACUACACAGCAGAAGCUCAGCUGCAGUUUUACUCUCAAUCCUCCUCAGUGUUAAUGCCAUUCACACGAACUCCGAUCAACAGGUUGUUGAGCUGGCCUGCCUCACGUCUCUGCCACAGUGAUUCACGGGGCACUUCAGAGAAAAGCAACAGGAAAGAGGAUUUCAGUUUGAGGGCCCUCACCCAGGCUCCCAAACCAGCUCUUUACCUCGGUUUCUCAGGGCUCAUGCCUUUCCUGUCUGCACCUCUCCUGAUGGCUGCCACGCAAUCCUUUUACCCUGAAUUGGCAUAUGGUCAAGUGGUCUAUGGAGCCUCUAUAGUCUCCUUCCUUGGAGGUGCCCGCUGGGGGUUUGCACUCCCUGCCGGCAGUCCUGCUCAGCCUGACUGGAUGAACUUGGGCAACAGUGUGGUCCCUUCCCUUCUGGCCUGGCUGGCACUGCUCUGCAGGGACAAUAUUGCAGAGGGAGCCCUGGUGGUACUUAUGGGACUGGGUCUCUCCCUUCACUAUGACCUGACCCUGCUGCCUGGCUACCCCAACUGGUUUAAAGUCAUGCGAACUCUCCUCACUCUGGUCGCCACCUUCUCACUGGUGGCUACCCUCACAAUUAAAAAAUUCUACGCUGAGAAGAAUAUCAAACAGAUUUUUAACUGAUUUUAAGAGGACAGUUUGUACUUUGAGCCAAGCCACUCAAUAAAAUUGUAAAAUUAAAUG